GUCUAAAUUUGGUUACUCUCAACUUCGAUGUCUGCUGGGCCCUUGACACCGUCCAGGAAACGGUCCAAGUGGGACGAUGGAGACGAUGAGCAAGCUGAAGAUUUUCAGUCACAUCCACGGUCAAAGCGUCGCGUAAAGUCCACGGUGGCCCCCCGGUUGUCACCAAGUCCACCACCCAUCGUGGUCGCUCGUCCAACAAGACCGUCACACAGCGUCUACGUACCCCCGCGAACUCAACACCCUUCCAUACUUCCUUCAAGGUCCGUCUACUGCUAUGAGCGCCUUAAUCAAAUAGAAGAAGGGUCAUACGGGGUCGUCUUUCGGGCCAGAGACAAACAGACCGGAGACAUCGUCGCAUUGAAAAAGUUGAAGCUAGACGAAGAAAAGAACGGAUUCCCGAUAACAGCACUCAGAGAAGUCAACGCAUUGAUGGCUUGUCAUCAUGAGAAUGUUGUCCGCGUUCGCGAGGUCGUUGUUGGAGACACACUGACACAAGUUUUUGUCGUGAUGGACUUCAUCGAGCAUGAUUUGAAAUCUCUUCUCACCUUGAUGCCUGCACCCUUCCUCCAAUCCGAGAUCAAGACGCUCAUGCUCCAGUUAUUAUCUGCUGUGGAUCAUUGCCAUUCGAAUUGGAUACUUCACCGCGACCUGAAAACGAGUAAUCUCCUCAUGAACAAUCGAGGGACAAUUAAAGUAGCCGACUUUGGUUUGGCACGGCGGUACGGUGACCCUGUUGGGGUCGGUGGACUGACGCAGCUAGUGGUCACUCUUUGGUAUCGCGCCCCUGAAAUCCUGCUCGGUGCAACGUCGUAUUCCACUGCUGUGGACAUGUGGUCUGUAGGAUGUAUCUUUGCUGAACUCCUGCUCAAAGAGCCCUUGUUCCAAGCGAAAUCAGAGAUGGAGCUUCUUUCAAUGAUUUUUAAACUUCUUGGACCGCCCACUCAUAAUUCCUGGCCGGAAUAUUUUUCUCUCCCGCUGGCCAAGGCAAUCAGUUUGCCUUCCCCUCAGCCACCACAAUUUCGACAGAAAUUUCAGUAUCUGACCUCGGCUGGCCUUGAUCUACUGAUGUCUCUCUUAUUAUAUGACCCGGAACGGAGAAUAACGGCUUCAGAGGCACUUGACCAUCCUUAUUUCAAAGAAUCCCCGCUGCCAAAACAUCCCGACCUUUUUGGUUCAUUUCCAUCUGCAGCUGCUGGCGAAAAGAAACAGAAAUUGUUCAGCAGCCCUUCUGCACCAGUGCGAGCCGCAAAUAAUAAGUUUUCGAUGGAAUUCGAUAUCGCGUAGGCUUAGCUAGUCCCAACUAGUAUAUAGCUGUAACCAGGACUAGGACUACAUCAUAACUACAUUUAGAAGUGUACUACUGCAAGGGAGGGAUGUUGUCGGGAAAAUUGUUCUUCAACAUUUCACGCAUCUUCUGGAACCGUGAACGUGUCUGGCCUCAUCUCCCCACACUUG